AGUAGGCCAGAGAUCAACAUGGAAGACAAACUUCAUAGUGUAAAAGUCUAUGUCAUGAUGGAGGAUGAGCAGUGGGAAGACAUAGGCUCAGGACAAAUUUCAUCCAAAUACAUCGAACGGCUCCAGGGCGUGUGCCUGCUUGUUCACUCAGAAUUAGAUGGCUCACUGAUUAUGGAGCGCAAGAUAUAUCCUGAUGUACCCUAUCAAAAUCAAGGGGAUUUAAUCAUUUGGUCCGAAGCUGAGAACCAUGGUAUGGCAAUUCAUUUCCAAGAACCAAAUGGUUGUAAAGAGAUCUGGGAGGAUAUUUGCCAAGUUCAAGGUAAAGAUCCGAGUGUAGAAAUUACACAAGAGCUUACCUAUGAUUUAGAAAGUUUUGAAGAUAUGUCGCAGAUCUGGAAUCUGGUUGAGAUUCCAAACUGUGAGAUCAGUAUGCUUGAGAACAUUGCAAAUUUAUUUGCUUUUAUUCGUGAGGCACCAAGCCACAAAGAAAGCCUGGCCCUGAUCUUGGAAAACGAAAAUUACAUUAAAAAAUUGCUACAGCUGUUCAAAACUUGUGAAAAACAGAAGAAUAUGCAAGGCUUACACCAUUUGCAUAACAUCAUUAAAGAAAUCCUAUAUCUCAACAAUUCACGUUUGUUUAAGAUCAUGUUUUCUGAUGAACUUAUCAUGGAUGUGGUAGGAUGUCUUGAAUAUGAUCCUGGUUUGGAUCAGCCAAAAGGGCACAGGGAAUUUUUGACUCAAGGUGCAAAAUUCAAGGACAUUAUACCAACAACCCACUCCAAACUUAGGCAAAAAAUACACCAGACUUACAGAAUACAAUACAUACAUGACAUUCUGUUGCCUACACCAUCCUUAUUUGAACAGCAUAUUCUUUCUGAUCUUAAAGCUUUUAUUUUUUUCAACAAAAUUGAAAUAAUUAGCAUGCUGCAGGAAGAUGAAAUUUUUUUGUUGGAAGUUUUUGCUCAGUUAAAAGACAAAACUCUUGGUGAUGAGAGAAGGUAUGAAUUAUUAUUAUUCUUCAAGGAAUUUUGUACAUUUGCUAAGACACUGCAAUCUCAAAAGAAAGAUGCAUUACUGAAAAUACUGAUAAAGUUAGGCAUUAUGAGUGCUCUGAAAGUCACAAUACACAUGCGUGAUUACCAAAUAAAAGCAACUGCUCUAGAUAUAUUUACUUACCUAGUAGAAUAUAAUCCACGCCUAAUCCGAGUAUAUGCAAUGGAAGAAGCUUGGGACAUUAGAGAUGAUAAAGACCUUAUCAUUAAUAUAAUGAUUGAACAAAUAAUUUGUGAUCCUGAUCCUGAACUUUCUCGUGGCAUCAGUUUGACAUCAGUUCUUCGUGUUCUUCUUGAUACAGAAAAUAUGUGUUUGACAUCUAAUGGAUAUGAAAGAAGGGAAUUUCUGAAUUUCUUCUAUACACAUUGCAUGAGUAAUCUGUUAGCACCAAUUUUGUCUACCACAGUACAGAAAGAUAGUGACAAUAAUAGGACCAACAUCUGUCCUGAUAAUUAUGAAAAUGCACAAUUGUAUGGAGUAGUUUUAGAACUACUCACCUUUUGUAUACAACACCACUCAAUAUACAUUAAAAAUUACAUUUUAAGCAACAACUUGCUUAGCAGAAUAUUGAUGCUAAUGAAUUCAAAGCACACUUUUCUAAUUUUGUGUACUGUCCGGUUUAUGAGAAUGAUGAUUGGCCUUAAAGAUGAAAUUUACAAUCUUUAUAUAAUUAAGAAAAAUCUGUUUGAACAAAUUGUAAAUGCUUUUAUGCGUAAUGGAACUCGAUACAAUAUGUUAAAUUCAGCUAUUAUUGAGCUAUUUGAAUUUAUAAGAGAGGAAAACAUAAAGCCUCUUAUUGCAAACAUUGUGGAAAAAUUUUUUAUGGCUUUUGAAUCAAUUGAUUAUGUCCAGACGUUUAAAGGGUUGAAAACUCAAUAUGAAGAGGAGAAGGAGAGAGAAAAUAAAACAAAAAGGAAUUUACAUACUAUUAUAUACAAGAAAAUAUGUUGCAGACGUAUCAAAGAUAUGGAGGUAAAAAUCAAGGAAGAAAUAUGUACUUCUGGGGAAAACACAGAAGAAGAAGACGAAGCUAUUCUACCAAGUUGUUAUGACAUGUGUAGGAAAAUUGAAGAGGCAAAUGAAAAUGAAAUAGAUAGCCUAAAAAGAAAAUCACCAGAAGCCUUUGAAUGUUCUUCAUCUCAUUCUGGUGCGUCUGCUAAUAGAAUGAGUUGGUCACACCAUAGCAGCAAGGUCGCUUUAGUAGAUUACUCAGAUGAUGAUGAUUAUGACAGUGACAAUGACCCUCAUGAUAAUAAUGAAAGUGAAGUUGAAGAUGAAGAACCUCCCCAAAAAAGACCUACUCUUAGUUUAUAA